AUGAUUGCUUCCAUCGCUACCGUUCUCGUCGCCUCUGCUGCUGCCGUCUCAGCUGGCGCCAUCCCCAAGCGCGGCCAGAGUGCUAGCAUCACUCCCCACGACCAGUACUCUUCCUCCAUCGGUGUUAUCGGAGGCAAGAUCAACACCAACCGUGUUGCCUACUGGCCCAUGGGUGUCAACUGCAAUGACAUUUGCGUCAAGGUCUCUUACAAGGGCCGCAGCGUCCACCUCCUGAAGAUUGACCAGUCUGGUGGUGCCCACGACAUCUCUUACGAUGCCUGGAACUACCUCGCCUUUGGCAAGUCUGCCAAGGACGAGCCUCACACCGGCGGUGGCAUCGCCAUGGACUACGAAUUCGUCGAUGCCGACGAGUGCAAGGACCUCAUGGACGACGGCAAGCUGCCUCUCUCUGCCUCCAACAGCAUGGGCUACGUCGGCUCUUGCACCCAGGACAAGAGCAGCUGGGUCGCCAAGAACUACGAGCUCAUCAACAUCCUCGACCCUGUCUGCCACUACGGCUACGAUGAGAAGUGCACUCUCGACCUGAGCGUCAGCAACCAGCCCAAGUGCCCUCACACCCUGGGCGAGAACCACUCUCCCACCGGUCUCAAGGUCACCAACAUUGAGUACGGCACUGGCAAGGAGGUCACUGCCUAA